AUGGAUUUCGAGAAAACGUGGUUUAAAAAUCCGGAAUAUGUGCAAUCCGUUGAUAAGUCCAAAAAACUGCCGAAACCAGGAGAAAAGAAUAUCCUGAUAACAUCUGCUUUACCUUACGUUAAUAAUGUACCACAUCUGGGUAAUAUCGUUGGAUGCGUUUUGAGUGCUGAUGUUUUUUCAAGGUACUGUUACCUGAAAGGUUGGCGCCGUUUAUUUAUUUGCGGUACGGAUGAAUAUGGCACAGCUACAGAAACGAAGGCAAUACAAGAAGGUUUAACACCCCGCCAAAUAUGUGAUAAGUAUCAUGCGAUACAUGCAAAAAUUUAUAAGUGGUUCAACAUCGAUUUUGACCAUUUCGGUCGAACAACUACGCAACAUCAGACAGAACUUACGCAAGAAAUUUUCUUGAAACUUCAUAAAAAUGGUUUCACUUCGACCGAUACCGUUGAUCAGUUGCACUGUGAUAGCUGUAGCAGGUUUUUGGCAGAUCGUUUUGUAUGUGGUGAAUGUCCGCACUGUCAUUUUGAUGAUGCACGAGGAGAUCAGUGUGAUGCCUGUGGGAAAUUAAUAAAUGCCGUAGAAUUAAUUAAUCCUCGAUGUCAUUUGUGCAAGGCAACGCCUAUUGUAAAACCAUCAAAUCAUAUCUUCCUUCACUUAGAUAAAUUAGCAGAUAAAGUGGAAAAACAUUUAAAUGAGCAGCUUAAUUUGGGGAAAAACCAAUGGUCACCAAAUGCUAUUUCAAUUGCGAAAAGUUGGCUGAAAGGCGGUCUGGAAAAGCGCUGUAUAACUCGAGAUUUGAAGUGGGGUGUAUCCGUACCACUUGAGAGUUUUUCAAAUAAGGUAUUUUAUGUUUGGUUUGAUGCUCCAAUUGGUUAUUUGUCAAUUACGAAGGAAUACUUAGGAGAAGACUGGUCGCAGUGGUGGAAAAACCCAAGCAUUGUGGAUCUCUACAAUUUUGUUGGAAAAGUAGCUUAUUUUUUUGUUCCUUUUCAUGAUAACGUUGCCUUCCAUGCCGUUAUGUUCCCUGCUACACAAAUUGGUACUGGUGACAAUUACACUGUGGUUAAUCGUCUAUGCGCAACGGAAUAUCUGAAUUAUGAAUCUAUGAAAUCACGUGGUACAGGAGUUUUUGGCGAUAUGGCUGCAGAAACUGGCAUCGAUGCCGAUAUUUGGCGAUUUUAUUUGUUGUAUAUUCGCCCUGAAACACAGGAUACAUCGUUUUCCUGGGAUGAUUUCUCCUUAAAGGUGAAUACGGAGCUUCUGAAUAAUUUAGGCAAUUUUGUGAACCGUGCAUUAAUUUUCUUAUCCAAAUACUUCGAUGGUGUGGUACCAGAUAUGCACCUCCAAGAACAGGACAAAGCAUUAUUAGCACAAGUUUCAUCUGACUUGAGCGACUUCGAUUUAUGUCUCAGUUCGGUAAAACUUCGUGAUGGUAUUGUGAAAGUUCUUUCCAUAUCAAGACAUGGUAAUUUAUAUAUACAAUCAACACAACCAUGGGUUUUGAUAAAAGGAAGUGAAAAUGACAGGAAACGAGCAGGUACUGUAAUUGGUAUAGUAGCAAACUUGGCUUACUUAAUCGCUGUUAUGCUUUAUCCUUACAUGCCGUCCAUUAGUGCUAAGAUACGAGAACACUGUGGUCAUCUGGCAUUAGCUUCAUUGCCAAGUACUCCAAUUGCUUUCUUAAAACCCGGUCAUAAAAUUGGCGAGCCGAAACCGUUGUUUGUGAAGAUGGAAAAAAGUGCAAUUGAUGAUUUCAAAAAAAAAUUUGGUAGUGCCAGUGAGUCAAUAAUUAACGAACAAGUGAAAAAAAAGAAAAUAAUAAAUGAGAAGAAAAAAACGAAAAACGAAGAGAAAGAUAAUAAUGAAAGAUUGAUUAAAGAUGUGGCGUCCUCAUCUGUUUAUUCGACAUUAUUAACUAAUCAGAAGAAAAUUGACUCCUUAUUGAAAGUCGCAAGCAUGAAGCUUGAACAAAGAAGAGCUCAAUUCGAAAAAGUAAAGCUGCAAGAGGAGAAUGAACAAGCUCUCCAGUUGAGGGCAGAAAUUGAACGACUGAAGGCAAAAUUAAUUGAACUGGAAACAAUGGGUGGAAUAAAGCAGGUCAGCGGUAUUCCGGUGUUUGAGAAAAGCUUUCUUGUGAAAACUAAUAAUGAUCUAACUCCAUCCGUCCAAAUGGAAAAGUCGAAUGAACAGAAUGUGAAUGAAGUGAGGAUUUUACGGAAGGAAGUAAAAGACAGAAACGAAAGUGCGAAAAGUAAGAAAGAAGGAAGCAAAAAUGAGGAAGUUGAUGAAGUAGAUAUUGGUCGCUUGGAUAUACGAGUUGGUCGAAUUUUGAAAGUAGAAAAACAUGCAGAUGCGGAUAGUUUGUAUGUUGAACAAAUGGAUGUUGGUGAAGAUAAACCUCGUACCGUUGUUUCUGGUCUUGUUCGACAUGUCCCUAUUGAACAGAUGCAAAAUCGACUUGUGAUAUGUGUUUGUAAUUUGAAACCAGUGAAAAUGCGCGGUAUCGAGUCGCAGGGAAUGGUUCUGUGUGCUUCUACUCCUGAAAAAGUAGAACUGAUUGAGUUUGAUGAAAGUUGUAUUCCUGGACAACCGGUAACCUGUGAAGGAUACAAAAGACGACCGGACCCCGUCUUAAACCCAAAGAAGAAAAUCUGGGAAGGUGUUGCACCUGAUUUGAAGGUAAAUUUUGAAGGUCGGGUUGUUUACAAAGGACAACCAUUAUUGGUCAAUGGACUAUCACCAUUGCUAGCGCCUAGCUUACGAAAUGUGCCAGUGAAGUGA